AUGAUCGACGAACCGCUAUUUACAAUAGAAAUCAAUGAUCACCCUCAAACGGUAGCUGAUGGUCGUACCAUUUCUAACGAUAUCGAAGAAGAUGAUGAUAAUCGUUUUAUCCUCAACGAUACCGGUGUUGAUCCGUUGCAAACCAAUGAAACAGAAACAGUUCAAAUUACCGAGCGAACGGUAAAUCCACGCGGAGAACGCGUCUCACCACAUGAUUUUCAGCUAUUGAAAGUCUUGGGAAAAGGUGGAUAUGGGAAAGUAUUUCAAGUGCGAAAGAUUUCCGGUAGUCAUCAAAAUAAAAUCUUCGCUAUGAAAGUUCUGAAAAAAGCCAAAAUUGUUCGUAAUGCAAAAGACACCGCACAUACAAAAGCUGAGCGAAACAUUCUCGAAUGUGUUAAAUGUCCGUUUAUUGUCGAUCUUAUCUACGCAUUUCAAACAGGUGGCAAACUCUAUCUAAUCUUAGAAUAUUUAUCAGGUGGUGAAUUAUUCAUGCAGUUAGAACGUGAACAAAUCUUUUCAGAUGACGUUGCCUGUUUCUACCUAUCUGAAAUACUGCUUGAUCUCAAACCGGAAAAUAUUCUUCUUGAUGCUGAAGGACAUGUAAAACUAACCGAUUUUGGUUUGUGUAAAGAAUCGAUAUACGAUGGUGGACAGACGAAUACAUUCUGUGGCACUAUCGAAUACAUGGCGCCGGAAAUCUUAACUCGUAGUGGUCAUGGCAAAGCCGUUGAUUGGUGGUCGUUUGGUGCAUUGAUGUACGAUAUGUUAACGGGUGCUCCUCCAUUCACAUCUGAUGAUCGUAAGCGAACAAUGGACAAAAUUAUCAACGCUAAAUUGAUCCUACCCCCAUAUUUGACCCUGGACGCAAGAGAAUUGAUUCGGAAUUUGCUUCGUCGACAAGUUAGUCAUCGACUUGGUAGCGGGCCAGAAGAUGCUGUGGCAAUCAAGAAUCACGGAUUUUUCCGUCAUUUAAACUGGAAUAAUGUUUAUGCAAAACACACCGAUCCACCACAUAAACCACUGCUCAACAGCGAUGAUGAUGUUAGCCAGUUUGAUACGAAGUUUACUAAACAAACACCUGUUGAUUCACCUGACGAUAAUAUAAUCAGUAGAAGUGCAGAUAUAGCUUUCCUAGGUUUUACCUAUGUUGCACCUUCAAUCUUUGAAGAUUUCCAUAGCAAUGGUUACCGUUCUCCGAAGACCAUGUUGUCGUCCGAGAACAUUUCGCAAGCAUUCAUUUCAAAACUUUCCGGCUCGGCAGGCUUUGUUGAUUGUCAAACGACGACAACAACAACUGAAGCUAUGGAUGUAUGUGAUAUUUCAUCAUCGUCACGAGUUAUAAAGUCAUCGACAUUAAAUAGGCAUCAAACAAGUAAACCAAAAAGCCCAGUGAUCAAUGGUCUUGUCUAA